AUGGAGAAUGUUCCAAAGGAAACCGUUUUGGAGAGCACUGGGCCAAAAGUUUUGGAGACAGCAGAAGAGAUCCAGGAGAGACGUCAGGAAGUGUUGACUCGGUACCAGAAGUUCAAGGAGCGGGUUGCAGAGAGGGGUCAGAAGCUUGAAGAGUCCUAUCACUACCAGGUCUUCAGACGAGAUGCAGAUGAUCUGGAGAAGUGGAUCUUGGAGAAACUCAAGAUUGCACAAGAUAAAAGCUACGAAGACCCAACUAAUAUUCAGGGAAAAUAUCAGAAGCACCAGUCCUUUGAAGCAGAGGUGGAAGCAAGAUCAUUCAUCAUCCCUGACCUGGAAAGAACCAGGGAAAUCCGAUUUGCUGAGGGUCAUGCUGCCUAUGAGGACACCAAGGCCCAUCUGGAGGAACUGCGUCGCCUGUGGGACCUGCUAGUGGAGCUGACCCAGGAGAAGGGCACCCGGCUGCUGCAGGUCCUGAGACUCCAGCAGUACUUACAGGAGUGUGCUGACAUCUUAGAGUGGAUCGGAGACAAGGAGGCUAUAGUCACUUCAGUGGAGCUCGGUGAGGACUGGGAACGCACAGAAGUUCUGCAUAAGAAGUUUGAAGAGUUCCAAGUGGACCUGGCAGCUCGAAAGGGGAGAGUGGAUGGAGUGAACCAAUAUGCCAAUGAGUGUGCCAAGGAGAACCAUCCUCAGCUGCCCUUGAUUAAGUCUAAGCAGGAUGACGUGAAUGCUGCCUGGGAGCGUCUCCACGGGCUGGCUCUGCAGAGACGGAGAACCCUGUCUGAGGCCGCAGACCUCCAGCGGUUCAAACGGGAUGUGACUGAAGCCAUCCAAUGGAUCAAGGAGAAGGAGCCUCUACUCACCUCUGAGGAUUAUGGUCAGGACCUUGUUAGCUCUGAGGCACUGUUUCACAGUCACAAGGGGCUUGAGAGGAACCUUGCAGUCAUGAAUGACAAGGUGAAGGAGCUAUGUGCCAAAGCAGACAAGCUUGAGCUUUCCCAUCCUUCCGAUGCACCUGACAUCCAGCAGAUGAAAGAAGAUCUGGUCUCCAACUGGGAGCGCAUCCGGGCCUUGGCUACCAGCAGAUAUGCCAAACUGCAGGCUUCUUAUUGGUACCAGCGGUUCUCAUCUGACUUUGAUGAGCUCUCAGGCUGGAUGAAGGAGAAGACGGAUCUGAUCAAUGCUGAUGAGCUGCCCACAGAUGUGGCUGGGGGGGAGGUCCUGCUGGACAGGCAUCAGCAGCACAAGCACGAGAUUAACUCUUAUGAUGACCGAUUCCAAUCUGCUGAUGAGACUGGUCAAGCCCUCCUGGAUGCCAAUCAUGAAGCCUCUGAUGAAGUUCGGGAGAAGAUGGCAAUACUUGCCAACAACUGGGCCGCCCUGCUGGAACUGUGGGACAGGCGUCAGCAUCAGUAUGAGCAAUGCUUGGACUUGCACCUGUUCUACAGAGACAGCGAACAAGUGGACAGCUGGAUGAGUAGACAAGAGGCCUUCCUGGAAAAUGAGGAUCUGGGAAACUCACUGGGCAGUGUGGAGGCCCUUCUCCAGAAGCACGAUGACUUUGAGGAAGCCUUUACUGCCCAAGAAGAGAAGAUUACAACAUUAGACAAGACUGCAACCAAAUUGAUUGACGAUGAUCAUUAUGAUUCAAAGAACAUCGCUGCUAUCCGUGAUGGGCUACUGGCCCGGCGGGACGCUCUGCGUGAGAGGGCUGCCAUUCGACGCAGAUUGCUGAAGGAUUCUUUGCUUUUGCAACAAUUGUAUCAGGAUUCAGAUGAUCUAAAGAACUGGAUCAACAAAAAGAAAAAGUUGGCAGAUGAUGAGGAUUACAAGGAUACACAGAACUUGAAGAGCAGGGUUCAAAAGCAGCAAGUCUUUGAAGAGGAACUGGCAGCUAAUGAGAUCCUUCUCCAUGACUUAGAGAAAACCGGCCAGGAGAUGAUUGAGGGUGGCCACUAUGCCGCUGACAAUGUGGCCACUCGUCUGCAUGAAGUAGCCAGCCUCUGGAAGGAGCUGUUAGAGGCUACAGCACAGAAAGGGACCCAGUUGCACGAAGCUAACAAGCAGCUGCAAUUUGAAAACAAUGCAGAAGACUUGCAGCGCUGGCUGGAGGAAGUGGGGUGGCAGGUCACCUCCGAGGACUACGGGAAAGGCCUGGCUGACGUGCAGAACAGACUAAGGAAGCACAACCUCCUGGAGGCGGAUGUGGCUUCUCGCCAGGAUCAGGUGGACACCCUCACAGACCUGGCUGCAUAUUUUGAAGAAAUAGACCACCCUGAUUCUGGGGACAUACGGUCAAGGCAGGAGUCCUUGGUGUCCCGGUUUGAGACUCUGAAAGAGCCACUGGCCACCCGGAAAAAGAAGCUCAUUGACCUACUCCAUCUGCAGCAGAUCUGUAGAGACACUGAGGAUGAGGAGGCCUGGAUCCAAGAAACUGAACCCUCAGCAGCAUCCACCUACCUUGGAAAGGACCUGAUUGCCUCCAAGAAUCUUCUCAACAGGCAUGAAGUCAUCCUGGCAGACAUUGCCAGCCAUGAGCCACGCAUCCAGGCAAUAACAGAGAGGGGAAACAAAAUGGUAGAGGAAGGUCACUUUGCUGCAGAAGAUGUGGCCUCUAGGGUCAAGAGUUUAAACCAGAAUAUGGAGUCUCUCCGCACUCGAGCAGCUAGACGGCAGAAUGAUCUCAAGGCCAAUGCCCAGUUCCAGCAGUAUCUGGCUGACCUGCAUGAAGCAGAAGCAUGGAUUAGAGAGAAGGAGCCUAUUGUGGACAACACUAACUAUGGGGCUGAUGAAGAGGCAGCUGGGGAUCUUCUAAAGAAGCAUGAGGCCUUCCUAGUGGAUCUCAAUGCCUUUGGAAAAAGUAUAGAAGCUCUACAUGAUCAGGCAGAAGCCUGCCAGCGACAGCAGGCUGUGCCAGUGGAGGGAGCUGCUCGGGAAGAGAGGGUCUUGGCCUUAUAUGACUUCCAGGCCCGCAGCCCCCGGGAAGUCACCAUGAAGAAAGAUGAUGUCUUAACUCUGCUGAGCUCCAUCAGCAAGGACUGGUGGAAGGUGGAAGCUGACGACCACCAGGGCUUUGUCCCAGCUAACCAUGUCAGGAAGCUGGCCUACGAUGAGUUCCCAACACUCCCACAGCGGCGGCGAGAGGAGCCAGGCAAUAUCACCCAGCGCCAGGAGCAGAUUGAAAGCCAGUACCGCUCCUUGCUGGAUAGGGCGGAAGAACGCAGACGGCGUCUGCUGCAACGUUACAAUGAAUUUUUGCUGGCCUAUGAGGCCGGAGACAUGUUGGAUUGGAUUCGAGAGAAAAAGGCAGAAAACACUGGUGUGGAGCUGGAUGACGUCUGGGAGCUGCAGAAAAAGUUUGAUGAGUUCCAAACGGAUCUGAAGACCAAUGAGCCUCGGCUAAGGGAUAUCAACAAGGUAGCUGAUGAUCUACUGUUUGAAGAUCUUCUAACACCAGAAGGAGCGCAAAUCCGGCAGGAGCUGAAUGUCCGCUGGGGCUCCUUGCAACAGCUUGCAGAUGAGCAGCGGCAGCUACUAGGCAGUGCCCAUGCUGUCCAGAUGUUUCACAGAGAAGCAGAUGACACAAAGGAGCAGAUUGAGAAGAAGUGUCAGGCUCUCAAUGCUGCAGACCCUGGCUCAGAUCUGUUCAGUGUUCAGGCCCUUCAGCGACAGCAUGAGGUCUUUGAGAGAGACCUUAUACCCCUUGGGGAAAAGGUGACCAUCCUGGGGGAGACAGCAGAGCGUCUCAGUGAAUCCCAUCCAGAUGCCACUGAAGACCUACAGAGACAGCGACUCGGGCUGAAUGAGGCAUGGGAUGACCUGCAAGGACGUACACAGGAACGUAAAGAAGGCCUGAAUGAGGCCCAAAAAUUCUACCUAUUCCUCAGCAAGGCCAGGGACCUACAAAAUUGGAUCAGUGGCAUUGGUGGCAUGGUGUCAUCACAGGAACUGGCUGAAGACUUAACUGGCACAGAGAUCUUGCUGGAGAGGCACCAGGAGCAUCGAGCUGACAUAGAGGCAGAGGCUCCCACCUUCCAGGCCUUAGAAGACUUUGGUGCAAAACUUAUAGACAGUGGGCAUCACGCUAGCCCUGAAAUUGAAAAAACUCUUCAAGCUGUGAGAAUAGAGAGGGAUGACUUGGAGAAGGCGUGGGGACAACGCAAGAAGAUGCUAGACCAGUGUCUGGAGCUGCAGUUGUUCCAAGGGAAGUGUGAUCAGGUUGAGAGCUGGAUGGUGGCACGUGAGAAUUUCCUGAGGUCAGAUGACAAGGGUUCCUUGGACAGUCUGGAGGCCUUGAUGAAGAAACGUGAUGACCUAGACAAAGCAAUCACCUCUCAGGAAGAGAAGAUCACUGAACUGGAACAUUUUGCUGAGCGGCUCAUAGCCGAUGACCAUUAUGCCAAGGAGGAGAUUGCUGCUCGGCUCCAACGUGUGCUAAACAGGUGGAGGGCUCUCAAAGCACUACUGGUUUCUGAGCGAACAAAGCUGGGAGACUAUGCUGACCUAAAGCAAUUCUACCGUGACCUCGAGGAGCUAGAGGAAUGGAUCAGUGAGAUGUUGCCCACAGCCUGUGAUGAAUCCUACAAAGACCCCACUAACAUUCAGAGGAAAUACCUGAAACACCAGGCCUUUGAAAAUGAGGUCAAUGGCCGAGCUGAGCAGGUGGAAGGAGUCAUCCGCCUGGGGAACUCCCUGAUUGAGCGGAGGGCGUGCGAUGGCAAUGAAGAGACCGUAAAGGUGCAACUGGAUGAGUUAAACAAACAUUGGGAACACCUGCUUGAGAGAACAACUGACAAAGGGCAGAAGCUCAAUGAGGCUAGUCGCCAACAGAGGUUCAACACAGGCAUCCGGGACUUUGAGUUCUGGCUCUCAGAGGCAGAGACUCUGCUGGCCAUGAAAGAUCAGGCCAGGGACUUGGCUUCAGCAGGAAACCUGCUCAAAAAGCAUCAGCUAUUGGAAACAGAGAUGUUGGCUCGAGAGGAUGCACUCAAGGACCUGAAUAAGUUGGCUAUGGAUCUUCUCUCAAGCGGAACCUUCAAUGUUGAACAGAUUGAGCAGAAGAUGGACGAUGUUAAUAAGCGCUUCCAGGAUGUCCAGAACUUGGCAGCUGCACACCACAAGAAGCUGAAAGAGACCUAUGCCUUGUUUCAGUUCUUCCAGGAUCUAGACGAUGAGGAAUCCUGGAUAGAAGAGAAGUUGUUACAAGUGAACUCCCAGGACUAUGGGAGGGAUCUUCAGAGUGUUCAGAACUUACUGAAGAAGCACAGACGCCUAGAGGGGGAGCUGGUGGCACAUGAGCCUGCCAUCCAGAAUGUGCUGAAUAUGGCAGAGAGGCUGGAAGACAAGGGUGCUGUGGGACAAGGGGAGAUUGAGGAGCGACUGGCGCAGUUUGUCCAACACUGGGAGAAACUCAAAGAGUUGGCCAAGGCUCGAGGGCUUCGGUUGGAAGAGUCCCUGGAAUACUUGCAAUUCAUGCAGAAUGCUGAGGAAGAGGAAGCUUGGAUCAGUGAAAUGGAAGCUAUGGUUGCCCGAGGAGAUUCUGGAGACACAUUGGCUGCUACGCAGAACUUGCUAAAGAAGCAUGAAGCUUUGGAUAAUGACUUUGCUGUCCAUGAGACUCAGGUGCAAAAUGUGUGUGCACAAGGAGAAGACAUCCUGAGUAAGGAAGAAAGUCAGAACAAGGAGAAGAUUUCUGCAAAGAUAGAGGCUCUGAAUGAAAAAACCCCUUCUCUGGCCAAGGCAAUAGCUGCUUGGAAGUUGCAAUUAGAAGAUGAUUAUGCUUUCCAGCAGUUUAACUGGAAGGCAGAUAUGGUAGAGGCCUGGAUAGCUGAGAAGGAGGCAAGCCUAAAGAACAAUGGCAACGGUGCAGACCUCACUGCCUUCCUCACUCUCUUGGCAAAGCAGGACACACUGGAUGCCAGUCUGCAGAGUUUCCAGCAGGAGAGACUUUCUGAGAUCACGGACCUGAAGGACCAACUGGUGGCGGCUCAGCACAGCCAGACCAAAGCCAUUGAGGAGCGCCAUGCUGCCCUGCUGGAACGCUGGGGACAGCUCCUGGAAGCCUCUGCAGCCCACAGACAGGAAUUGCUAGAGAAGCAGACACCACUGCAGAAAGCUGAGGAGCUAUUCAUGGAAUUUGCACACAAAGCCUCAGCUUUCAACAACUGGUGUGAGAAUGCCGAAGAAGAUGUCUCAGAACCUGUACACUGUGUCUCCCUGAAUGGGAUCCGGCAGCUGCAGAAGGACCACGAGGACUUCUUGGCCUCCUUAGCUGGGGCUCAAGCAGACUUCAACUAUUUACUGGAGCUCGACCAGCAGAUUAAGGCCUUAAAUGUGCCCUCUAGCCCUUAUACCUGGUUGACAGUGGAAGUGCUAGAAAGAAUCUGGAAGCACCUGCAUGACAUCAUUAAGGAACGGGAGCAGGAGCUGCAAAAGGAAGAGGCAAGACAGGUCAAGAACUUUGAGAUGUGUCAAGAGUUUGAGCAGAAUGCCAGCUCCUUCCUCCAGUGGAUCGAGGAGACCAGGGCUUACUUUCUGGAUGGAUCUUUGCUCAAAGAAACAGGAACUCUGGAAUCCCAGUUGGAAGCAAAUAAACGAAAGCAGAAGGAGAUCCAGGCCAUGAAGCGUCAGCUGACCAAGAUCGAGGACCUGGGGGACAACUUGGAAGAGGCUCUGGUUCUCGACAUCAAGUACAGCACCAUUGGACUGGCCCAGCAGUGGGACCAGCUCCACCAGCUGGCGACGCGGAUGCAGCGCAACCUGGAGCAGCAGAUCCAGGCCAAGGACACCAUAGGUGUGAGUGAAGAGACACUAAAAGAGUUUAGCACAAUCUAUAAGCACUUUGAUGAGAAUUUGACAGGACGCUUGACUCACAAAGAAUUCCGGUCCUGCCUGCGAGGACUUAACUACUACCUGCCCAUGGUGGAGGAGGGUGAACCUGAGCCCAAGUUCCAGAAGUUCCUGAAUGCUGUGGACCCAGGGAGGAAGGGUUAUGUCACACUAGAGGACUACACCUCCUUCCUGAUUGACAAGGAAUCAGAGAACAUCAAGUCCAGCGAUGACGUAGAGAGUGCUUUCCAAGCCCUGGCGGAGGGCAAGGCCUACAUUACCAAAGAGGACAUGAAGCAGGCCCUAACCCCAGAGCAAGUGUCAUUCUGUACCGUACAUAUGCAGCAGUACAUGGACCCACGGGGCCGCAGCCAUCCUGCUGGCUAUGACUACGUUGGCUUCACCAAUUCCUACUUUGGCAACGGAUCAGCAGCUCCUAUGGAUGAUAAAAAAUCUUAG